ACUACAUUGAACUAAUAUUUUAAAACUUUUGAUGCAUUUGAAAUACUGAUGAAGCCUAAAGACACAUUGUGUUUUUAUUUAUUUUCACGCCGCAUCUGAAUAUAAAUAUGAAUAUGAAUUGUAGAAAUGUUAUUUUAAAAAGUUUGCAUCUACAGGUAUGUUUACAUAAGAAAUUGAGGAAAAGAAAACAGGAAAUCAAAUUUUUAACAUACUUGCUCCUUAGGCCUAUGAAUAUCAUACCUAUUUCCUAGUCAUUCUACAGUAUACACACCAAUAUCUGGCUACAUCACCUAAUACUCCGGAAAGGAGCGGCAAUAUUAUUGCUGUUAAGAAGCAACAAAAGGAAGGAUGCGAUUUUUUUUAUUAGGCCCACGUCUGCUCUUCUACAAUACUUUUGCUCUCAGUGCCCUUUAUAGUGAUUAUCUUUUACGAUUAUCACUCAUACUUUUUAUUUAAAAUUCUAUGUUAUGGUUGUCAACAGGCCUAUUUUAUAAAAUAUACCCCAUUAAAUUAAUGUUAUUUAAACUUGUUUAAUAAUGGAGGAAUAAAUUGAGUAUAUACUUACAGCAUUCAUCCAUGGUUUAUCAGUAUUAACAUUACUGUAUAUGUUACCUUACCAUUAUAUAAAUUAUGUGGAUUAUAUAUAUAUUUUUAUAUUACUAACUUAAUUUCUUAUUGUUUUAACAUUCUCUUGACAAUUAUGGUGACAGAGACAACUAUGGUGUAUACAGAAUACUUAAAAUUUACAGAAUUUUAAUGUUUACAGUGCCCUAAUAUUGUUGUGUAAACUCACCAAAAACGUUAUAACGAUUUGCUUCAUGACUCAGAUAUUAUCUUUGGCAUAUGAGCUCAACUCAAAAGAAUAUUUUAGCCCUUUAAACAAAUUAAUUAAGAUCUACAGUAUGGCAUUAUUUUAACAAGCAUAUUCCUUUACUUGAUGAAAAUGCCAAAAAUCCUAUAAUUACAAGAUUGUAUAUUAUUUUAGAUAAAAGUCCUGUCCAGACUAUCAAUUUUAUUUUGAAAUGCCUAAAUAUGGUCAUGAUUACAUCACAUCUUGACCAUGUAUAGGCACCUCAUGACCAUAUAUAGGCACAUCAUGACUAUAUAUGGGCAUACAAAAGUUUUUUGUCUAAGAAAAUUUGACAGUCUGGACAGAGCAUAAGAACUAAUAUCAUUCAAAAUUCAGAGCCAACAAAAAGAUGACAAAAAACCAAUUUUUGUAAUUUACAGAAUCCCCAUUUUUUUUCUUUAAAAAAAUUUUUUAAAAAAUCAUGGUGGAUAAAAAUUUUCCAUAUAUUAUCUGAAGAGGAAACUGAUUUACUCAUUAAUAAAAUUGAUAUGUCUGACUGACCUCCAAUCACCUCGCAUACUUAUUAAUUUGCUAUUAACAGACUAAAGUUAUCCAAUACAGCAAACAAUAGUUGCCAUCAUAUGCGCAUCCCAAUCAACAACCGGUAUGCAAAUAAUAUUAAAAUUGAUCAAGCACAGGAAUCAUCCAAUGAACAUCAACUCAAGUAUCUCAUUCCACAGUAUAAAUAUAGUUAGUAAAUGAAUGCAUAGGCCAUUGACACAACAGACACACACUCUGUGUGAAUAUUAUUACGGUCAUCAAUUAUCUAGGAGAAACCUGGAAUAAAAAGUCAAACAAAGAUGGCAGUUGUUAUCUGAUGAAAUUAAUUGAAAUGACAACAAAUUUUGCUGACAUGACCCUGAGCAAAGAGUGGGAACAAAACCACCUUGAUAUGCAAGUAGACAAUAAUGACACACAACAAACAACAUUUGAUGAAACAUUCCUGAUUGCUUAUUUUACGUUCUUAUUAUUCAUUGUCACUCUGGCAUUGUCUGGCAAUCUCAUGUUCAUUCUCGUUACGGUAUUUUCACCACAAUUACACAACGUCACCUCGUUCAUUGUGGCGCAUCUUGCGUCUGUGGAUUUGAUCUUGUUGUUUGUUAUUACCUGCGACACUAUUAACUGGAUCUUAAACUCACUCGAUAAAGUUUUGUUAAUAUGGUGCAACGUAAUUGGAACUAUGCUUACUCUGUGUUAUUCAUUAAAGACAUGGAACCUAAUGAUUCUAUGCAUUGAUCAGCAUAUAUGGAUAAAUAAGCCACUCAAGUACCAUCAAAUGGUGACAAAACAAAGGAUUAUUAAAAUCAUAUCAACUUUAUGGAUACUUAAUAUAUUGAUUGUAAGUUUACCAUUGUUAACUGGAAAUAAUUACACGUUUCAUAAGGAUACAUUAUCUUGCUUGCCUCAUCCAAAAAAAGGAAUUCAAACAAUAAAUUUUAUAUACAGUAUUUUUAUCCCAAUUGUCAUUUCAAGCGGAUUUUACAUACAGGUUGUGAAGUCCACCUGGAAGCAGGCAAAUAGACGCGUGAUAAUAUGUAAUAAAAUAAACUGUAGUUAUGUACGUCGAACAAAAACUGAUAAGGAUAUCAUCAAAUGCUUAGUACUUACUGGGGGAGUAUAUAUUCUGUGCUGGAUUCCAGGACUUUUCACAUCUAUGUUGGCAUUGAUUAGUGUUCACAUAUCACCGUAUAUCCGUCCUGUUUCACAAACCAUCAUGUGUUUAAGUAUGGCGAUUGUACCUAUAGUGCAAUAUAUAUACAAUACAAAAUUCCAAAAAGCUGCUAAACAAUUAUGGCAUCGUUUAUUUGCAAUGCACUCGUGCCGGCCAAGAAACAGAAUAAGAGAUCUUAAAUUAGAGGAGCAAAGACAAUACACUGAAAAUGAAGUUUGCAAGACUCGUUGUGAGCAAGUCGCGAGUAAGCCGUCUAGUACACAGCAGCUAGUAGGAGAUACAACACUGAACAUAUAGAAUAUAUAAUUAAUUAAUUAUGCAUUAAUUUAUUAUUUUUUUUAAAUUUCACAUCAGCGAUACAUACAUCAAUUAAAAAAUGUAAAGGAGCUUCAUAGAAUAUUGCUCAAUGAGGAUCAUGGACUGGUGUCUCAGGCUUUACACGACAUUGUUUUAGAAAAAUGGAUAUUCAAUAAGUUUCAUAUUAUUGAAAGAGAAAAAGAGAAAAAGAGGGCCAAGAAGGCUUGCAUAUUGAGAAUAUUCCACAUUUGUUCUACCUUUACUCUUAAAAUUGCUAAGCUUUUAAAUAAAGU